AUGGUGAGACCAAGAGAAGGGAUCACACACAAGAUAUACACUCAAGAUCCUCAUUUCAUUGGGAGUCAUGCACAUGGAAAUGUCACCUUUGGGGUUGAUCUGAACGCUGCUCCAGAAGUGGUGCUUGGCCCAGCACCAUUCUCAAUCGGAGGGGAAGUGCCCCAUCUUCCUUCUGAUUCUAAUGGCUUAAGUACAUGCACUCCACCAUCUAAUCUCCUACGACAUCGAGCAGAUCCAAGCUCUUCAUACUCAGCCUUGGCGACACACAUUGAUCAUCAUCUUCCUGCUCUGUCCCAAUCCCAAGCAAAUUGGCAUCCACAGCUUCAUCUAUCAUUGAAUCUGGUAAUAGUAUGUGUGCCAUUUUCUUCUUUGAAGCCGAUAUUUCAAGCAAGAACUGUAUCAGAUGCACCACCUUUUGACCCCAGCAAUAUUGUGUCAUUGCAGCUCAUGUUUAGCAAGUUUGAAUUUGAUGGGAAACUGAAUCCUACUUUUGUGGAAGGGGCAUUUAAGCUCCCAUUAUCAAGCAUACGAGCAUAUCUAAAAGAGCCUAUUACUCCCAGGUUCGUACACUUAGGUUCUGCAGGAGCUACCCGACUGACAGGCCUGGACUUGAUCUAA